CAAAACAUUAAAAUAAUACAGAUAGCACUAAUCGUAUGGUAUAUUUCAUUAUUUUUUCCUGAAGACUUGGCGAAAGAGGAAGACAGUUGGUGGAAAAGCAAGAAUUAAGGCAGACUCGAGUUGCAGACAAGAGAAAUGGCGACUGAAGUGGAAGCAUGGACCGUCGCUUCUCAACAGGAUGGGGUGUUCAACGCCGGUGAUGUCGAGGAGCUGUACGGUGACGAGGACGACGAGCUGAAUGAGACAGAGGAGAACGGGAACUGGACGCCCCAGGAGAAGGCCCUUCACGAGGCGCGGCUGAAGGCCAAGGCCAAGCGGCGUCUGCGCAGGACGUCCUCCCGGGACUCCACCCGCGAGUCGCUGUCCGAGGCUGGCGGGGAACUCGCGGGCGACCCCACCAGCCCCCGGGGCAAGCUCAAUGCCAACGACCGCAAGUCCAGGAUGGGCAAAGGCCGAGGCCUGCCCAAGAAAGGUGGAGCCGGUGGGAAGGGAGUGUGGGGAGCAGCUGGGAUGGUUUAUGAGAUGGAGGAGCCAGAUGCCAAAGACCCCAACUAUGAUGAGUCGGCUCAGGGGGAGACGGUGUACGCCACGGUGGAGCCGGAGCUGGAUGAGGGAGAGCUCGAGAAGACGGUCAACCCCAUUGUGCAGGAGUACUUUGAGCACGGGGACACCAAAGAGGUCCAGAUGCUGCUGGAGGAACUGAAUCUGGGACACAAAAAGUUUGAGGUGUCGUCACUGGCGGUGUCGCUCUCCUUGGAGGGCAAGGCCAGCCACCGGGAGCUGACCUCACGGCUGCUGUCUGACCUGGUGGGCAAGGUGCUGUCCGAGGCGGACAUGGCGCGGGCGUUUGACAAAAUGCUUAAGGACCUGCCAGACCUCAUUCUGGACACACCUGAAGCCCCACAGAUGCUUGGGCAGUUUAUUGCAAGGGCCAUUGCAGACCACGCCCUUCCCAUGGGGUUCCUGGACCACUAUAAGGGUAAAGUGGACUGUGAUCAUGCCAGGGCUGCGUUGGACCGGGCUGCAGUGCUGCUCUCCAUGAAGAGGGAGAUGGUGCGUCUGGACAACGUUUGGGGAGUGGGUGGAGGCCAGAGACCAGUCAGACACCUUAUCAAAGAGAUGAACUUGCUGCUGAAGGAGUAUCUGGUCUCUGGCGAGGUGUCAGAGGCCGAACACUGUCUGAGGGAUCUGGAAGUCCCACACUUCCACCACGAGCUCGUCUAUGAGGCUGUGGUCAUGGUUCUGGAGUCCAAAGGGGAGACAGCCGUCCGCAUGAUGGUGAAACUUCUCAAGGCAUUCUGGGAAACAGGACUCAUCACACUGGACCAGAUGAACAGGGGCUUUGAGCGAGUGUACCAAGAGCUUCCUGAGAUCAGCCUGGACGUUCCGCUGGCCCACAACAUCAUGGAAACUUUCCUGGACCUGUGCUACCAGGAUGGUGUUAUCACCAAACAGCUGAGGGACGCCUGUCCCACCAGGGGGCGCAAGCGCUUUGUGAGUGAGGGGGACGGAGGCCAAAUCAAGCACUAGAGUGGCUGAGUGACGUGCUGGACUUCCCCACCCUCCCUUUUGGCCUGUGGCUGGACAGACUCUCCAGCCCUACAGGCAUCAGCGGCAACACAACCAUGGUGCUCUCAUUCUUUCACAGAGGGUGGGGGGUGGGUGAGGGGGCUUAGUUCAUUCUGUUCAGCUCACUUC